CUGUCCCGGGAUGGACCUGGACACGCUGCCGCAGCAUGUGGACUACCUGUCCAGCAGUGGGCUGCUGCUGAGUCCGGAGCAGAAGGCGGCGCUGCAGACCUCACUGGAGUUGGUGCGGAAACAGUACCGACUGCGGAGCGUGUACCUGUGGGGCAAAAUCCUGGGCCUCAACGCCGACUACCUGGUGGCUCAGGGCGUGGAGAAGGACGAGCUGUACAACAGGAAGACACUGUACUGCUUGAACUACAUGGAUUGGAAGCUUCUUCCCCCGGCAACGGAUGAAAUGAUCACCAAUUGCUCAGUGAUUAAAGGCCGUUUCAUGGGCAAUCCUGCUUAUGAAUACGAGAGCGGUGAUGUGAAGAAAAUGACGGGCGGUGGCGUGACCAAGGACAGCCAUUCGAGCCGAAUAAAAGAGGAGGAGAGAUUAACCUCUGUGAUCGCCUGCAUCAACAGAGAUGUGGCCAUCAUCCCCAGGGGAGCAUUCAUCAAAACACCUACAGAAGAUUAUAUCAGCAUUAACAGGGUCUUUAAAGGUCUGUCGCACUCUGAGGCAGGGAAGCUGCGAUCGUACCUGCACUUCACGGAGCCCAAAGAGCUGAAGAAGAAGUCACUGUUGGAGAGAGCGGAGCUGGACAUGUCCAUCGACUUCCUUGAUUGUGUGGAGGACGAUAUUCUGAAAGGGUCGUGGAGUGUGCAGUAUGACCGAGGUGCCCUGGUGGUGAUCAGAAGCCUCCUCUGGCCAGGGUACAGCUUUUUCCACGUGCCCAACACUUCUAAGUUCGGCUCAAUGUACAUGGGAUUGGCUGAGAAGAACAUCGACUUCCCUUUCAUGGUGUGACGCUUACUCCCAAUCAGGGAGAGCCAGAGACGACC